GAGCAAAUAAAAAACGGAAGUACUCAUAAGGUUAAUUUUCUUGGAGGAGAGGCUCCAUAUUGACAGCACUGAAAGAGAAACCCUCCAAUCACCUGUAAUUUUAACCAUUCACUUUCCUCAAGCAAAGUCAAUUAACACAAAAACACAAUUCUCCGAGCAUCCAUAAUUACAGCAGUAGACAUGUCGAAUCGCAAUAGUAACCAAAACAGAAAAUUCACACCAAAGACGGAAAUGCACAAUUCACAAACCCUAGCGAAUUCCUUUAGGCAAUCAGUUUCUAUAAAAUCCGAAGGAAAUUGUGACGCUUCAUCAGCCGGAGAGCUGAAGAGUAGGGUUAGGAUGGGAGAAAGUGGCGCUUGGGUUUCCUCCGCUAUUCAUAGUGGCAAUUUCGUGAAUUAUUUGCCUCAGGAUGAAGCAGUAGCAGCUGGACUUGGAGCUGAUGAAGGUGCAUUGGAUCCCGUGGAGUCGCAGCAUGUUGUUGAUGUUUUGAACAGGGAGUUGUGUAGGUUACUCAAGAUGAAUGCUAGAGAUUUCUGGCGACAAGUGGCCAGCGACAGUUCCCUUCACUCUUUUCUUGAAAGCUUUCUGAAGUUCAGGAGUAGGUGGUAUGAUUUUCCAUAUCGAGGGGCCAGGGGCAUAGUUGCUGGGGUCGUUGUUGGUGAGUUCGAGCUCUGCCGGCGUAUCUUUAUGCUCUUAUAUCGCAUAUCGUCAAAUCGGGACCCUGGAGCUAAAACUGCUGAUAGUCUUACUCAGAAAGAUCACGAAGCCCUUUUGCAGGAGAAGAAGUUGCUUGAUUUACCAAAGUUGUUAGAUAUAUGUGCUAUAUAUGGUCAUGAAAAUGAAGAUCUGACAAGAAUAUUGGUCACCAAUGCCAUAAAGUCUCAGCUGUGGAUACAUGAUGAUCUUUCAUCUGUUAUUACUCACUUUCUUAGCAUUGUGCAGACUAUGUAUCAGAGGUGUAGCUCAUCGUUAGAGGUUUUAUUUUCCUCCGGUCACUUGCAAGAUCAUGGACAUAGUCGACUUCAAACUGACUAUCUAGAGGUGAUGGAUUUCUUAAAUGAUUCUGUGGUAUCUAUGGAUGCGUUUGUCAAUGCGUAUAAGCAAGCAUCCAUCUACUUCUGCUGUCCUGUUGAAAUGAGUCAUGGGAAUGAGGAGGUGCUUACUACCCUUGCAAGAUUACAUGAUUCAUUGCUGCCCUCCUUGCGGCGGGGUUUCCACAUUAUUUUAACCUCCGGAGAGAAAGGUUUGAUGGAAUCAUCUAAUGAAAUGCAGUCAGAUGUUUUUGUCAGUCUCAAAAUGUUAUCCACAAGGAUAGUAAAUUUUGGUUGGAAGCUGCUGGACUUGUGCUAUCUAAGUGAUGAGGCUUUUGUUGAAAGUUCUCCGCUUCCUGCUACCAUGAAGAUGUUCCCUACCAAUGUGGAGGAUCCUUCUAUAAGAGCAGAUAUAUUAGUGCAGUCAGUGAGGGAUAUCACUGGAGUUUACUCACAGGCUCUAGAGGGCCAUAGCAAAGGCACUUUUCUCCAAAUCAUUGACAAAACUUACAACAUCAUGAGCAGAAUUGAGUUACUACGGAAUACAGGGUGGAUAUCAAUGGAUGAUGAUCAAUUCAAGUUUCUGUCGGGGAUCACAAUACACCCAGUAGAAGAUAAUAUUGGAAGGGCAGCCCAUCCAGCAGCCUCCCGAAAGGACAAGCAACCACAGGUUGAUGAAGAUGCUGCUAUUAUGGAGUCAAAAAUAAGUCAAAUAAAAGACCUGUUCCCUGAUUAUGGAAAAGGUUUCUUAGCUGCUUGUCUUGAAGUAUAUAACCAGAAUCCUGAAGAGGUCAUUCAGAGGAUUCUUGAGGGUACCCUUCAUGAGGAGUUGCAGUCUUUGGACAUCUCCUUGGAGCAAAUACCACCACCCAAGUCUGGUGUUCCAUCCAUGACCAGAAAUGAUAAGGGUAAAGGGAAACUAGUGGAAUCUGAACCAACGCCCCCAAGAAAUAUUGUGCCUGCAGCAUCGUCUUACAAAACUGUAGGCUCUUCUAAUUCAUCUAUAACUUCAGCUGGAAGAUUUAUCAGGAAAACAACCACUGAAGAGCCUGCUUCCUUGACGCUUGACUCCAGAGAUGCAGUGGAUUUGGCAAAAACUCUUGCACUUUCAGCGCAGCAAGAGUAUGAAGAUGAGUAUGACGAUUCAUUUGAUGACCUGGGUCUAAGUGUUGGUGAUUCAGCAUUUGAGGAAACUGAGAACCUCCAAGACAAGUCAAACUUCGGCCGUGGGAGAAAUUCUGAAGCUCAUAAUGGUAGCUCAGCUUCCAACGCUCCAAAAUGGGGAUCACGCAAGGCGCCACAGUUUUACGUCAAAGACGGCAAGAACUACAGUUACAAAGUUGCGGGUUCUGUUGCAGUGGCUAAUUACAAUGAAGCUUCUUUAGUAAAUCAAGCUCAGAAGGAGUUGAUACACGGGUUGGGACGAGGUGGUAAUCUUCCUUUGGGUGCAGUUAAACGGCUGACCGAGUCAAACGAGGAGAAAGACGAUUAUUUGGAAUCAAAUGAAAUGGGUGGAAGGGGAAGAGGUCGAGGGUUCUUCAGAGGGAGAGGUGGUAGAAGAGGACAGUCAAAUGAAGAGAAAGACAAUGAGCCGGAAUCAAAUGAGAUGGGUGGAAGGGGGGGAGGUCGAGGGUACUUCAGAGGAGGAAGAGGUGGGAGAAGAGGGGGGGAUUCAAAGGAGGAGAACGACGAUGAGACGGAAUCAGAUGAGAUGGGUGGAAGAGGGGGAGGUCGAGGGUUCAGAGGAGGGAGAGGUGGGAGAAGAGGAGGGGGUAGAUCAAAUCAUUACAGAAAGGACCAAGCCAUGAAAAAACACUUUUCAAGUGUGACAGGCCAUUGAUAUGGAAGUUUUCUUUACCUUUACUUUAGUGUGUAUACAAAUGUUGAUAAGCCACCAGAAAAAAGACAUUACCUUUUAGCUAUCUUACACAGAGUAUUCAACAGACUGUAUAGGCGAUUCGCUCUGGGAGGAAAUUUCAGUUGGAUUUUGUUUUCAUCGAAUAUACUUUUAAUAUUACACAAUGGCUUGAAGUUCCUUUUAA